AUGUAAAAAAACGUUACUAAAAUAGUGUCUUUAAAUUUCAAAAAUAUUCUGAUGAAUGGCAUUAUUAACUCAAAAAUGCAAAAGUUUAAAAUAGAAGAGCAAUUUUUUUCAGAAUAUGACAAGACAUUUUUGAUGUCUGAUUAUAUUAAAGACUGUAUUAUAUAGAAACAACUCAUUAUACCUGUUGAUUUUUCAAAAUAAUGUAGAUUUGAUGAUUUUGCUGAAGACCACUUUGAUUUAAGCAUUAAGAAUGAAUUAUGA